AUGAUCAUGGUAGAUGACUGCUUUUCUUAUCCUGGGUGCUGCAGUUUUUACUUAUUAGAUGUUCGAAAAACGAGCGAAUUUAGCGCAACAGAUCGGGGAAAACAAGAUAAAGUCGAUGACGAUGGAGCAGGUGUCGAGAACGAUGGAUCAGGUGUGGAUGACGAUGGAGAAAGUCUUGAAAACGAUGAAGCAGGUCUCGAUGAUGAUGGAGCGGGUGUUGAUAACGAUGAAGCAGGUUUCGAUGACGAUGGAGCAGGUCUCGAUAACAAUGGAGUAGUUGUCGAUGAAGCAAGGAACGAUGAUGAUGGAGCAAGUUCCACAAUACAGGAUUUAUCUUCAGAUGAUUAA